CCUUCCGCGCGAUGAAAAACCUCCGUUGAAAAAUCCUCCGCUUUAAUCGUCUCGCAAAAAUUUUAUAUUCCGCUCCGGUUGCUCUUACAACUGUCACGACACUACUCCUUUUGACAAUCACUCGAUCUUCGAGGAAGUUACACGUGGAAACGAGCGGCGCAACGCGUAUGCGGUGUGGUAUUAGAAUACCGUUAAGUACGAUGCACCGGCGACCUUUUUGAGUGUCGUGACGUCGAACGAUUUAUAUCGUAUUAUACAAGAAACAUGAUGUUCAAUGGUAUUCAAAGUCCGAUUGAGCAAGUUGAAGAUAGCUGUAUGGGGAACAAUGUGCAUCAUCCAGCACCUGCUCCAUCGACCACAGGUUCGCCGCUUAUGAAGUUGUCUUCGUAUUUCCUGGCAGUCCGACCAUGGUCAAUGAGCGCAUCAUUAGUACCCACGCUUCUCGGUUCAGCACUUGCUUAUCGACUGACUGGCUUGACAAACUUCAGUUGGAUAUCGUUAAUCUUCACCAUAUUUACAGUGCUUUGCGUGCAUGGCGCUGGUAAUGUAGUGAAUACUUAUUACGACUAUGUAAAAGGCGUUGAUAGCCGAAAAAGCGACGACAGAAUACUGGUAGAUCAGUUAUUAUCCAAGGACGAAUUGGUCACAUUAGGGGUUGUCUUAUAUUUGGCGGGCUGCGUGGGAUUUGUCAUACUGACAACCUCCUCUCCCGCAAGGAUAGAGACAUUAGCUUUUGUGUACUUUGGAGGCUUAUCCUGUUCCUUUCUCUACACAGGAGGUGUGGGAUUAAAAUAUAUCGCUUUAGGCGAUGUACUUAUCUUAGUCAUAUUCGGUCCAAUCUCGGUUCUAUUUGCGUUUAUGGCGCAAACCGGUUAUCCUAAGGUUGAACUAAUGUAUUACGCAAUACCACUCGCCUUAAACACUGAGGCUAUUUUGCAUAGUAACAAUACGAGAGAUAUGGAAAGCGACAAGAAAGCGGGAAUCGUGACGCUCGCGAUCGUCCUGGGUCACACUAUAUCUCAUGUUUUGUUUUUCUUUUUACUAUUUACACCAUACAUGAUUUUUACAGUAGCAGCUUUUAAAUAUUCUAUCUGGUUUUUAUUACCAGUUAUCACUUUACCGACCGCCUUUAAAAUAGAAAAGGAAUUCCGCAAUCCGCGUAGACUUCAAAACGUGCCUAAACAAACAGCCAGAUUAAAUGUGUUUCUAGGUAGUUUGUACGUCAUCGCUUGUUUGUAUACAGGCUCGCUCCCUUAUCUGUAAGUUAUUCACAAAACUUCCGCGUCAUCCUGGAUUACUCGUCCAUUCAAGCUGUCAUAUCUUUUUCUGACUUUAUUUAAAUUUGCGAGUAAUCGCACGACUUUUCAGACAAUCUUAAAGAAUAAGUUAACAUUAGAAGUGAUCAUCUUUUUGUUCAUUUCUAUUUUUUUAAUAUUCUCUCUCUCU